ACCUCCAAGUGCAGAAAUUAACAGGCAAAGGAGAAUUUGUCACAAACUAUUACAAAAAAUGGCAGGUGCAGGUUUGAAGCGCUUUAAUAGGCAAAAGCAGUUGCGUUUUGCUGAAAUACAACGUAGAUUUCAGGACCUGUAUGAAAGUCUGACUCUACACCAGGAAGAUUCUGGAUUUUAUGAGAGAAUACAAACAAGACAGCUCUCCGAAGUGCAUUCUGGCAUAACAGUCUUGAAAGAACAUGAGAGCGAAGUGAGAAAUAAUCCGGGAUUUUGUGAGAAAACCCAGCCAGAGCAGUUCUUUGAAGUACAUUCUGAUUUAAACUCAAGAAAACAUGAGAGCAAAGUGAGACGUGAUUAUGGAUUUCAUGCAAAAACGCAAGCAAGACAGCUCCCUGGAGAGCAUUCUAAUGUAACAGUCUUAAAAGAUCAUGAGAGUAAAGUGGUACAUGGUUCAAGAUUUCUUGAGAAGACCAAAACAAGACCACUGUCUGAAGUGCAUUCUGACAAAGCAGUCUCAAAUGAACAUGCUGGUAAAACGGGUAGUCAUUCUGUAUUUUAUGAGAAAAUACAAAAAAGGCAGCUGUCUGAAGUGCAUUCUGAAGUAAUGGAACACGAGAGCAAAGUUGGAAGUGAUUUUGAAUUUCAUGACAAAACAACAAAAAAGCUCUCUAAAAUGCAUUCUGACAUAAAAGUUUUGGAAGAGCAUGGCAGUAAUGUGGCAAGUGUUGCUUUCACAGACGCUGUGUCUACUGAUCAGAAUUCAGCUUUUACAAAAACCGUAACAAAACCAUUAAGGCAGGGUUUAGUUUGUAGUAGUUCAUCUGAUUCCUUUUGCAAUAGAAAUUUUAAUCCUGAAAUCUGUACUAUUUAUAAAGAAGCAAUGACAGCUGAAGUUAUAAAUGUCCAGAAUGUUGAAGAAGCUUCAUCUUUGGGCUUGUUUGAUGAUUGGGAAUUACCAGCUGAAGAUUCAGAAAUUCACGUGCUGAGUUUACAAGGUGAAAUGUCUUCCACUCAGAAUGACAACAUGUCGAUUGAGAACGCACAUCUUUGUCAAGCCUGCUUGACACUGUAUUGUGAGCUCAAUAAAAAAGGCAACCAGGAAUAUACUAAAAAAAAGUCAAGUGGUAAUGUAUAUAAAUGGUAUCAUCUAAACAUUGCUUUUUGUUGUCCUGGCACCAGUUGUAUUUUUAUUUUUGCAGUGUUUUCCAUUCUGUUUUUGUACAUCUUUUAUGUACAGGUAACUGUCUGUCUUGAAAUAUAUUUAAACCAUAAUUAAAGUUUAGCACUUUUUCCUUCUCA